AUGACCGCUUCAGUCUUCUCCAACCUUGGGUUUAUCCGCUCUGUGAAUGUCCUGCUUCUGGUGUUGACUGGUUUGAGCUUGAGCAGUCCCAUCAGGUCUUCUGAGAACCAUCACAGGGCAUCAGUCGGUAGGGACAUGGGUGAUAAUCCGCUACUUAAUGCACAGGACUUUCUGAGCCAGUUUCUGUCCACACUGAACCUCACAGAGCUGAGGCCCCAGCCGAGGCCCCUUGCUGCCCGUAAGGAGCCACCAGAGUACAUGUUGGAGCUGUACAACCGAUUUGCCAAUGAUCGCACUUCUGUGCCCUCAGCCAACAUUGUGCGCAGUUUCAAGAAUGAAGAUUCCUCCCCCUACAGUUUAACGGCCAGGGGUGUAAGGAUACAUUCCCUGCUAUUCAACAUCUCCAUGCCACACCACGAGCACAUAACAAUAGCCGAGCUUCGCCUUUUCACUCUGGUCCGGAAGGCCCAAAGACCAUAUUCUGGCCUUGACUGCAAGGUGACCAUUUACAAUAUACAUGAGGGCGUUGUUUGGACAAAAGAGGUGGGGAAAGAAGAGAGGAGGGAUAAAGAGGAGGUGCUGGAGAUGAAGGAUUUGGAGGAACUGGUGACAAAGCAUAUUCAUGCCAAAGAUAAGAGCUGGGUGUCAUUUGACCUGACUCAUGUGGUUACUCUCUGGCGGAAAUCGGGGUGUGCAACUCACAGACUGGAGGUUCAUAUUGCAAGUCUGGGGUCAGAGGAGGAAGGGGCCACACAAGAGGUUGAAAGUUUGGUUGAGAUUGAUAUCGACAGGAACUUGGAGGGAAAACACAAUGCAGUGAUGAUUGUAUUCUCAGAUGAUCAGAGCAGAGACCACAGACAAGAUAAACAAGAGCUCAAUCAGAUGAUUGAACAUGAGAAUGACCUUCCUGAAAACAUGGGCCGGAGCCAACAAGCUUUCUGGGGUCACGUUAAUCACAACGCUGGCCAUGCUAACCAGGACGAGCUGGACAAACAGUCUCUCAUGCAACUGCAGUCCAACCUUAUCUAUGACACACCUUCCCGAAUCCGUCGCAAUGUUAAGAGCGAGCCAUGCAAGAGGACCCCACUCUUUGUGGAUUUUAAAGACAUUGGCUGGGAUACGUGGAUCAUCCAGCCACUGGGCUAUGAGGCAUAUGAGUGCAAUGGCGUGUGUAACCCACCUAUGACAUCCGAGGUCUCGCCUACCAAACAUGCCAUAGUGCAGACUCUGCUGAGUGUUAAGAGUCCAGAGAGAGCAUCGCGUGCUUGCUGUGUACCCACAAAGUUGGAGCCGAUCUCACUCCUUUAUCAUGAUAAUGGGGUGAUCACUUUCAACCACAAGUAUGAGGGGAUGGUGGUGGCAGAGUGUGGAUGCAGAUAG